UCCCACAAUGACAUCACAGGAUUUUUUAUUUGUUUUGAAAAUGGCAGAAGAGAUUUGGAUAAAAGUAUUUAAAAAUAAUAAUGUUUGAAAAUCUUCUAGUGACUCACAUUAUUAAAAGCCAUUUAAACUCAAACUACCAACAAUGUUGAGCUAUUUUGCAUAAUUUUUGUUUUUCUUAGAACUCCUUUAGUUUGUGCCACAAGAAUAUUCUAGAUAGUUCUUCUGUAGUUUUUUCAUCAAAUCAUUAGGACUUCCUUCCAUUUCCUGUGGUGAAAGGGGUGAAGAAUCACUAGCAAGUACAGAGCAGCUGGUGAGGAUAUAUAGAGCACUUUGGACAACAUCAACUCAAGCAAAAUGAAUGAGUCUUAUUACAAUAAAGACAUGAACUCAAGUGGAUUUGAUUUCAACGAGACAUACUCAGUGUCUCCAGAUUGAGGAAUUCUAUGAGGGUGAUUUCUCUGGUCGUCUACAGCCUGACGUUUCUCCUCGGAGUUCCUGGAAACAUCUUUGUUGUGUACAUUGCUGGAAUGAAGAUGAAGAGGACUGUUAAUACAAUAUGGUUUCUCAAUCUAGCGACAGCUGACCUCCUGUGCUGCCUUUCCAUACCGUUCAGUGUAGCGGAGAUCCUUCUUGACCAUCACUGGCCGUAUGGAUCCGUCAUGUGCAAGAUUCUCCCCUCUGUUAUAGUUAUUAACAUGUUUGCCAGUGUUUUCACCUUGAGCUUGAUUAGUCUAGAUAGGUUCACCCAGGUGAUUACACCGGUUUGGGCUCAAAAUCAUCGCAAUUUGUUCUUUGCACGGCUGUCCUGUGUAGUGGCCUGGGUUCUGGCUUUGGUGCUCAGCUUGCCCUUUAUGAUAUUAAGACAUACUUUCACUAAUGAGCAUUUGAACAACACAUAUUGCACGUUUCUUGCUGAUGAAGAAGAUGCGUCAACAUCUGGAUUGUUGAGUAUCAUCAGAUUUGUGUUUGGCUUUUUGAUACCUCUCAUAUGCAUCACAUCAUGCUAUGGAAUCAUCGCACACAAGUUAGGCAGCAGUCAUUUUCACUCUGGCAGAGCGUUUCGCAUCAUGUUGGCUGUUAUUGUGGCAUUUUUUCUGUGCUGGUUGCCGUAUCACAUGGUGGACUUAAUAAUAUGGUACGGAGAGGAUUCAAGUUUUUUAAUGGCUUUGGCAGUGGAUCCAUUGGCCAUCUCUUUGGCGUAUAUCAACAGCUGCCUGAACCCCAUUCUGUAUGUCUUCAUGGGGCAGGAUUUUAAGAACAAAGUUAAACUUUCUCUAAGACGUGUUUUUGAAAGGGCUUUCUCUGAGGAAGGAAUGCAAAUGCCGUGAUCCACCCAGUCACAGCAAAUGAUUUACUGUAAAAAUGUUUCUGUAACAGCUGCCAAAAAUAGUAUAGGCUAUAGCUCCACUGUGGUUUAUGAUUUAUUUUCAAGGGGGAAAAAAAAAAACAAAAAAACUUUUUAAAUCAUCCCCAAUUUAAUGUAUACAUAAUAUAUAUAUAUGUUUCUGCAUUAUUCUCAGAAUUAUUUUCUUUACCAAAAUACUCUUGUAAUGUACCUUGACAAAAAUAUUUUGCCU